AUGCCUCAACGUCUUUCGAAGAGGCCUGGUGACCUGGCCGAGCCUCCUCAGGACAGCUUGCCUGGUGCGUCCAAGGUCAAGCUGCCCCGUCUCGAGAGGGGGCCCGAGGAUUUCUCGCAGGUGGUCAAGGACAAAUUGCAAUCUUACACCCGGACUGGCCAGGCGUGCGAUCGCUGCAAGGUGCGCAAGAUCCGUUGCGAUGGUCUACCCGAAGGAUGCUCCCCCUGCGCCCAGCAGAACCUCGAAUGUUAUGUCACCGAUCGCGUCAGCGGGCGUACGGAACGCCGCGGCUAUUUACAACAGCUCGAGCGCGAGAAAAGAGACAUGAUGACACGGCUGCGCGACAUGGAGAGGUUACUCGAAGACAAAGGUGUCCAGAUUAGGCCGUGGCAGUGGACUCCGCCCUACGGAUUAAACACGCCCUUCGACGCCGACAACGACCCCAGCAAGGACCAAUGGACACAAUUCUUUUCCCUAUGGGUCAAAGACUCCAGUCGAACAUCUGACAGGUCAUCGAACAGCUACUCUUCCGUGCUGCAGGCAUCUUCCCUCCAAGCCGCGGAUCCGAGGACGACCGAUGCCCGUCUGGGUGUCGCGGCUGACAGUGCACCCCUGAGUAGUAUCAAUGGCACUCAGCUAUCUAUACUAGGCACGACGAUAGACAUCACCUCGUUCAGCGCCCCGGACGUGGACGGCCCGCCGCCGGGCGUACCAAACAACACGCCGCUCUAUAACAAGUCGCUGCAAUCUUUCAUCAACUCCGUAUCCAAAGUCAACCCACCCCUCGACGCGCACUUACCCGCCAGAGACGAGGCAUUCAGCUACUCCCAGUGGUUCUUUGUCAUGCUGGGCCCUUUCAUGCCCGUCCUUCACAAGCCGACAUACCUCAGAUUGCUUUCGCGGAUAUACGAUGACCAAAACUACAAGGCGUCGACAGCGGAGAUGGCUAUUGUGCACAUGGUCUUCGCCAUCAUGUACUACCAGUUCAGCGUGCGGGACAGCGAGGACCCAGACAGAAAAGCCCAGCUGAACGAAUUGUCAAAUAGGCACUAUCAUUGGUGCCUCGACAAGACGUGGGACCUAGGAUGCGACAUGUCUAUUCCUUCUACCCAGGCCUUGGUGCUAAUGCUAACUCACUGUCGCGGCUUCCCGAAACCAGGGCCUGUCUAUCUGAUGGCCACUUUGGCGUGGACGAGAGCCAUGGACAUGAACCUCCACCGCGCGUUUCUUGACAAGGACGAACCCACUACCCUGGAGAACGAGAUGCGGAAGCGUCUGUGGUGGAGCAUAUUCAUGAUAGUCGUCAUACUGUACGGCCGAGUCGGCAAGCCCAUGCCCAUCCGGGCCGACGACUUCGACACCGAGCUGCCGAUCCUGAUCCCCGACGAGUGCAUCGACGAGACGGGCAUCACGGAGCCGGAGCGGAUCGGCGAGUGCUGCUGGCUCGCGGGCCACGCGGGCUUCAAGCUGUCGUUCCUGUUCAUGGAGCUGUGGAACAACGUGUACUCGGUGCGCCAGGACCCGGGCAAGUACAUGGCGUCGGUGCGGAGGCUGGAGCACCAGUUCCGGAACUACGAGCGGGAGCUCCCCGAGGAGCUGCAGGUGGACAAGUGCAAGCCGCAGAACCAGAUGCGCGCGUCGUACCUGGCGGGGUCGAACCACGAGUUCCUGUUCUGCCUGCGGCACCCCUCCCGCUGCAGCAGCACCGACCCGAACUUCGUCGCCGAGAACAGCAGGGUGUCCGAGGACUCGGCGAGGGGCAUCCUGAGGAUCGCGAGCGAGCUGUCGAGGCUCAAGUCGCUCGACACGACCUGGUACCAGCUGGCUGUCUACGUGGCCGCGGUGUUCACAAUUCUCGCUGCUCACUGGGAGAGGCGGUUUGACAUGACGCUGGCCGAUUUCGCCAGCUUGAGGGCUGACAUAAAUAUGGGGUUAUCAGUAAUAAUGGAGGUGUCGAAAUACCUUGGGAUCGGAGCCGAUUCUCGAUUAAUGCCGCAGAUCAGUGCUGUGAUCGACCGCACGGUUGCUUCGAUUGAAAACGACUUGGGUUCAAGACGUAGUAGCAACAGCAACAGCAGCAACACGCCGGUCUCACAGUUUUCUUCGCAUCCUCAGCACAACCUCGCCGUGGCAGUCAAGCAGGAGGGAUUUGGCUCGGCAGCCCACAGGCGACCAUCACUUCGAUCCAACAGCACGACACCGAAUUCAAUGUCAAUGGUGAAUGGAACGGAGCAGUUGUCAAUCCAUCGCGCGCCAGGCAUGGCGAACGCCUCCUACUACAACCCCUCGAUGACCACGCCGACCACGGCCUAUCCGCAGAUGGGAUACGCUGAUCUCACACAGUCGGCCCUCUCCACACCCACCUCGGCGUCGAGCUCCAUGCAGUCAUCCUACAUCCCAGCAGUCACCGAGGAAUCAGCACACCACCAAUAUCUCUACACCACGUCCGCGGCAGCGUCAGCAGCGGCCGCCCAGAUGAACCACACCCCUCCCGGGAACUCACCGCAAGCAACCCACAACCCGAUGGCCGCCUACAACAACCCGCAACAGGCAGCAGCAGCCCAGACGCACCAGCAGCACCAGCAGCAGCAAGCCGCGGCAGGCUGGAUGAGCGGCGGCCCCGGCGCGGUGCCGCAGGUCCCCAACGGCGCGAACCCCUGGCACGAGUGGACCGGCGCCAUCGCCAUGGGCGUGCCGCCCUCCUCGCAGGACCGCUACAACGCCAGCGCGCUGCUGGCGCUGGGCAGCGAGCAGCGGGGGUCGGGCGACCCGGGCGGCGGCGGCGGGGGAGGCGGCGGCGCCGGCCCCCACGCCGCGGUGUCGGUGCCGGGUGCUCAGGGGGGCCAGUGGCCGAUGAUGAUGACGUAUCAUAACCCCAAUCACACCGGCGGUUGA